AUGAACAGAAUAUUUCCCAAGGAGGUUAAAUUCUCAAUCAAAGAAGAAAUCGACAUCCUGGAGAAGGAGUUCCAGAAGAAUCCCAAACCCUCAAGUUCAACAAAAGCCCAGUUAGCAGCUGCCCUUGGUAUAGAACGACCUAGAAACUGGUUCCAGAACCGCCGUGCGAAGCAGAAGCAUAUAACAACAGAAAAUGAAAAGCGUAAAGCGAGGAGAGCAACCCGGCGUACAUUGUCCAGCCUAUUAUCCAUGGAUGAUGCGUCAUCUCUUCGUACAGCUUCACCGCCUGUUGAGCGCUACGAGUUUUCGCCUAACUUGGGUGAAUUCGACACUACUCACACUGGUAACUGGGAGCCUCUUUUCCCGGAAAGAUCAACCACUUUGCAGCCCACAAUGUCAAUAAAGUCGCCGAUUGAGAAGCCGGCAGAGCUCGAUUUCGGGCUCGAAUGGACUAACUCCUUUCCUCUAUUUGGCAACUCCUCGUCAUCUUCUACUAAUCGUACCCGGUACUCAUCUCCUUUUGACGCAUAUGCUCGACGGCGGGGUAGAGCUCUUCCUCCAAUGGUCGUUGAUGACCCAAAUGACACCGCCGCAAUGAAACGGGCGCGCAAUACUCUGGCCACGCGUAACGAUCCUGUAAGCGAAGGGUCACAGAAGCCGGAGAGUCGCUCGCUGGUCGAAUUGACAGAUAUGGACCGUUUACCACUCGAUAGAGCUAGGCGGAAUAACAGUGACGACGCCACUAUGUCAACAGGUGGUGGCUACAACGAUUUGGAGGAAGUAGAUUUUCCAAUGGAAGAAACGUCUGAUAUCAGGAGCCUACGUAUUGGACAGAAAAGACGCGCAUCCUCACCGCUGAAUGGAGAUAGUCAACCAGAAGUACCGACAGGUGGUGCCCCAGGUCAUCAACCUGAGUCUGAAUAUUUUCCGCGCAGGCGGCCUAUGUCUCAUGCACAUGUUAUGCAGCCAUUAAAUUCUAGCAAUUCUACAACGCACCGCGACGGUGGUGUUGGUAGGGGCUCACCGACCCCACGACUGAGCCUAAUACCACCAACGACGCUUUCUUCCAAGUCAUAUUUGCGAAGUGCAACUGAUUUAAGACAAAUGGAACACAACACAAUCUCGAGAGACAGCACAGCGGACGAACACACACGGCGAUCUGUUUCGCUAGCAUACCUCGGGAAUCAACUAUCUAGCCGUCACAACAGCUCGAGGUUGAGACCCAGGAAAGGCGAAUAUCAAAUGGCUAAGAAAACACCUGCUAUAAGACCAUGGGAUCUAGAUAUUUCUAAUAGCGACUACGGGUUUGCAGCCUGGGCCCGUAAACGGUCAAACGAUUGA